AUGUCCCGUGUUGGCGUCUUGGCUCUUGGGCCUGCCGGGGCUGGAAAAUCCACCUUCUGCAACUCCAUAAUAGCACACAUGCAGACAAUUGGCCGUAGAGCUCACAUAGUUAAUCUUGAUCCGGCCGCGGAACCCACAAACUACGAAUUCACCAUCGACAUCAGAGACCUUAUUUCGCUCCAGGAUGUCAUGGAAGAGCUCGACUUGGGUCCCAACGGUGCGUUGAUCUACUGCUUUGAAUAUUUGAUGGAAAAUCUUGACUGGCUAGAUGAGGAGAUUGGAGACUAUAAUGACGAAUAUCUCAUCUUUGACUGUCCCGGUCAAAUCGAAUUAUAUACCCAUGUUCCGGCCAUGCCGACGAUCGUACGGCAUUUACAACAACUGCUUGGGUUCAAUCUUUGCGCCACAUAUUUGGUGGAAGCACCAUUUGUGGUGGAACAUGCCAAAUUCUUCUCGGCCGCAUUGAGUGCGAUGUCAGCGAUGAUCCUUCUAGAGCUUCCACAUAUAAAUAUUCUUCUGAAAACCGAUCUUAUCAAGGACGACGUGACACGGCGUCAACUCAAAAGGUUUUUAAACCCAGAUCCCUUGCUUCUUCUGCUGAAAAAAGUUGACCUUGAGAGCGAAUCGAACCCGCGAUUUGUGCGACUCAAUCGAGCGAUUGCAAAUUUAGUGGACGAUUUUGGCAUGGUACAAUUUCUUCCUUUAGACUGUACCAAGGAAAGUGAUUCCGUAGCUACGAUCUUGAGCUACAUUGACGAUGUUACGCAGUGGAGCGAGGGCCAAGAACCCAAGGAACCAGUGGAUGUGGAAGAAGUGGGGGAAGACGACAUUUAG